UAAUAACAUGCGGUGACUUGACACUUUUUUUUAACCCUGUGAUGUCGCUGUGGGUGAUAGAUACAAACAACAAGGAGGAAGUUCUUGUCUUAAACUGAAAUAUUAAUUUCAGUCAAAGGUCAGAAUUUCCAUCAUGGUGAAUUAGGUCAACAGCGGGAUGUAGACAGUACAAUGGAGUACGGUGAGAGACUUGCUAAUUUUCGCCAAACCCGCCUCAACCCCUUUGAUCGCAGUGACGAAGAAGAUGGUCCCCAAGGGGGGAAGACUCCGCCACGACAUGAACCCAGACCUGAGCUGUUCUCUGGGAGCAGAACCAACAGCACAGACCGUGCCAUGGAUCUGGGUCUAGCUGAAGAUCACUUCUCUCGGCCCAUGGGUUCUUUUGUGGCGUCUGACAUAGAACAGCUAAAACUGGCCAUUGAGGAGUGUAAGAAACUGAUCUUGGAGCUGCCGGAACAUUCGGAGAGACAAAAGGACACGGUGGUGAAACUAAUACACCUUCGUCUUAAACUGCAGGAGCUCAAGGACCCUGAGGAAGAUGAACCUAACUUAAGGGUUCUUCUGGAACAUCGCUUCUCCAAGGAGAAAAGCAAGAGCGUGAAACAGACGUGUGACAAGUGUAGCGCCAUCAUCUGGGGCCUGAUCCAGACGUGGUACACCUGCACAGGUUGUUAUUACCGCUGUCACAGCAAGUGUAUGAACCUGAUCACAAAGCCCUGUGUGAGGUCAAAGGUCAGCCACCAGUCGGAGUACGAACUCAGCAUCUGCCCUGAGAUCGGACUGGACAAACAGGACUAUCGUUGUGCCGAGUGUCGUACAGCCAUUUCACUGAGGGGCGUUCCAAGUGAGGCCAGGCAGUGUGACUACACUGGCCAGUAUUACUGCACCGCGUGUCACUGGAAUGACACGGCCAUCGUUCCAGCUCGUGUCAUCCACAACUGGGAGUUUGAACCGCGCAAGGUCUGUCGCUCCUCAUUACGCUACUUGGCCCUGAUGAUGUCACGGCCCGUGUUGAAGCUGAAGGAGAUCAACCCUCUGCUCUUCAACUUUGUGGAAGAACUAGUGGAGAUCAGGAAACUUCGUCAGGACAUCCUGCUGAUGAAACCAUAUUUUAUCACCUGUAAAGAAGCGAUGGAGGCGCGGCUGCUGUUACAGCUUCAGGAUCGGCAGCACUUUGUGGAGAACGACGACAUGUACUCACUACAGGAUCUGAUCGACAUCUCCAGCGGCCGCCUCAGCUGCUCCCUCACUGAGAUCCACACCACUUUUGCCAAACACAUCAAACUGGACUGUGAGCGUUGCCAGGCCAAAGGGUUUGUGUGCGAGCUGUGUAAGGAGGGCGACAUCCUCUUCCCGUUUGACAGUCACACCUCCGUCUGCCACGAAUGUGCGGCCGUUUUCCACAGAGACUGCUACUACGACAACUCCACGACGUGCCCACGCUGUGCCCGGAUGACUGAGCGCAAACAGGACGAGGUGUGAGCGAAGACGUAACUCUGCAGAACACCAGGUGACGAUCCUGGGUGUGACCGCACCUUUGGUUAGUUUUGUGUUUCUGUGUGAACAGAAGUGUCUCCUGGUACAUGAUGAAGCAGGGUAUUAGAAAAAAACAAAACAAAAUUAAUCCAGAACCAAGUCUUCACACAUCAUGGCUAGACUAACAUUUAUUUAUAGGAUUAUGAUUUAACCCGUGGGUGUUCUGUAAAUAUAAACUACCUUGUGAGAAGACGACUGUGGAGGAAAUGCACAUUAAUCCUCAUCUGUCUUUUUAUUUUAAGUGUUAAAGGUCCAGGACCAGAGGAGAAAUGUUAAAGACUGCACUUUUUAUUUUACUGAGAGUAUUACUGAGUAUUUCCUUUGUUUUUUUGUUUUUUUUUUCAUGCCCUACUGGAGGCUACCAAGUGGUUGGUUUAUUAAACUUUCGUAAGGUCCUUGUAACAUUUCCAGACCCUGGAGCUGCAGUUUCUGUGGAGACAUUACUCUACAGCUACCUGCCUGUUUUAGGUGGCGCUAAAAUAACCAGUCAAGGCAGGAAAAAAAAAGCUAACGAUGCCUUCACUGUCCUAGGUCCUAGAUUGCAGCACAGUCGUCUUUGCCCUGAGCCGUUGUUGACAUUGUACUUACAGAUGGUAAAAACCAGAAAACACUUUAUUUGAACAAAUUGCACAUUCCUGGUACAUUUCAGAAUAAGUGAGCUAAAAGUUUUUUUUUUUUUUCAAAAAUGUGAAUUCUCUCUAUUUGUGCUAACAGAUGCAAAUACUCAUUAUUAUUAUUAUUGUUAAUAUUAUUGUCAUUGUGUGACUGAAACAGACGGCGGACACACAGCACUAAACUGUCAGGUUUCAGUCUUAAUGUAGCACAACAUGUCAGAGGACGAAAAGGACAACUCUGGUGACAUCACUGUACACGGUGACCUCAUGUGUUUGUGCUUUGUCCAAUGUUGAGCAUGACAUUUUGUAUCGUUUGAGUCUGGAGGACUGGGUGCACAGUGUUGAUAAACGGCUGUUGUAAAGUCAUGUGGAGUGGAGCAUGAAUAAAGUCAUUAAAUGCCAAAA